AAUGAUAAUGUUUACUUAACAACAGCUUCACACAGUAAGCUUCUCCUUUCAGCCUCUUCAGCCUCUUGUCUAAAACCAGGAAACCUUCCAUCGCUGUAAACCCUUUGAAAUCUCCGCUAAUCUGGAUAAAGGAGCAUGCUGCCUGCCCUCGGAAACAUUUUCAGUGAAGACUCUGCCUCAUUAGACCAGCACGGGCUGAAGGAGUCAGCUGUCUGAGCUAAGGGGGCACAAAGCCGAAAGGAGGCCACGGUGUUGUGUUGAUAUCCUGGCUGUUUCUUGUAUGACUCACUGAGGGCGAGGGAAGUAAAAGAGAAGAACAAGAAACAUAGGAAGUGGGGCAACAGUUUGCAAGAGUCUUUCUGAAUCCCACAGGAGAUCAUACCUAACAACGUUUGACGUUAGCCAAUGCACACAGAAACCAGGGCCAGAGGACACCGUUUGAAGACAUAGGACAAAGAGUAGGAGACACUUCUUCACACAGAGAGAGCUCUCCCACCAUGGAGCUAUGAAAGGGGCUGCUGCUGCUGUGUGAGAAGGCUGGAUGAUGGAUGAACAGGACGAGAAGGACCCCGAUCUGGAUGCGGGGGACUUGGAGGGCUGCUCGGAGAUCUCGUGGGUGAGCGGGGAGGACCCUGACGAGGCCAGCUUGUUCUCUGAAGACUCCGUCUUCCCUGAUUACGAGUCGGAGGACAGCAGCAGCAGGGGCAGCUCAGCGGCCCUCACUCUGUACCAGGCCUGCGCAGUGAACAACGCCAGGGCCCUGCAUGAGUGCCUGGAGAGGGGAGUGUCCGAGGAGGAGGUCCUGGAGCUCGACAUCAACGGAAGGAACGGCCUGAUGGUGGCAUGUUACAAGGGCUUUGUGGACAUUGUCUUCGGAUUGGACAAAUGUCCUUACCUGGACGUCAACAACCAGGACAACGAAGGGAACACCGCCCUCAUGAUAGCGGCCCAGGCAGGGCACGUGACCAUCGUGAAUUACCUCAUGAAUUACUACCCAGGGGUGGACUUGGAGAGAAGAGACAGCCGGGGGUUCACUGCCUUCAUGAAAGCAGCCAUGCAGGGGAGGAAUGAGUGCGUCUCAUCCCUGAUGAUGGCAGGUGCUGAUUUGAAUGCGGUCGACCCGACAAGAGGCAAGACUGCCAAAGAGUGGGCGAUACUGACCGGCCGCUUUGAGACCUUGACCAAGAUGCGUCGCCUGCUAGAGAAGCCCUGUGCCGAGCAGUUCUGUGACCGCUACACACCGGAGUGGCCAGAGCUGAGAAACCUGGUGGCCAAAGCAGUGAGGGUCAAGACCAAGAGAGAGAAGAUCGCUCAAAGGAUCCGCUCCACCUUCACCAUCAACUUCCCACACGACCCUGAAGAUGAAGGAGUGAUGGACCACAUGGUCCGGAUGACCACUGGCCUUUCCAGUCUCUUUGUGACCACAGGCUGCCGCCCUCUGUGUCCCACCAGCCCUCCAGCCGUCGGGAAGAAACGCUUCACCGUCCCGGAGAUCCUCCGGCAAUAUCCGGGCAUGCAGACAGAAAACGACUCGGUGAAGCACUCGAAUGGGUCCGUAUCGGAUAGUUCCUCCUGCUGUGGAAUCACAGAGGAGUCCCAGAGAGGGAGCAUGCUGUCCAUCACAGGGGGAGUCCGGGGUUUCAUUGUGAGACGCAACAACGUCUUCCCAGCGGGGUGUGUCCCCCAGAUCAAGGUAUCCAAGAGCACCGAACCCACGCCAAAGAAGGAGAAGAAGACGAAGAAGUCCAAGAGCAAGCAUUUUCUGGAGCUGCCCAAGUGGAGGUACAAAGAGCUGAAGGAAGAGAAGAAGAAGGUAGAGAAGGAGAAAGAGGAAAUGAAGGUGCAGGAGAAGAAGGACAAGACAGAGAAGAACAAGAAGGACAAGGAGGAGAAGAAGUGAAUUUGCUGAUCAGAUGGUUCCAAGUUCAACACACCUCCAAGAAACAGGACUGAAUUGCAGGCUUGCUGAGAUGCAACCUUGAGAUGUUUGCUUGCCUAGCAGGUUCUUCUCUUGAGGGAACUGGAAUUGUUUCACUUUUCCAAAGUAAACAUGGUCUUCCAUUUGUGCUACAGUCAGAUCACAAGUCUCCGAUCCUGCAAUGGGAAAUUGGUGGCAAUUGUGAGGAAUAAAGCUUCCAGUGACCAUACUGACUAGAUGUAUAUCCAGCCUUUCCCAGAGUCUCUGGAGGGACAAAUGCACAGGAGUGGAUUUCAAUACAAAACGUGUUUAUUCAGGGAACACUUGAGUCAUCCAGGCUGGAGUGAUGGUUGGGUUACUGCUCAACUCAAGCAGCACUUAGCUAAUUUAUACUGUCCUGUUACUUGAAUGGAUUGAUACUGUGAUCAGCAUAUGCCAUAUUCUUUUGACCAUCAAAUCCAUAGCAAAAAGAUCCAUUAAAACAGCACAAAAUAACAUCAUCUCUUGUUACAAAGUGCUGUCCCAUCACUGUUUGAAACUGUUUAUUCGGAAAUAUCAGACUUGGUAUACAGUGUCAAUAUGGGUUCACUACAAAACACAGCAUCUGCGCUAUUUCCCUCUUUUAUGGAGACGUUCGUGCAUAUUUUUCUGAAGCAAGCUCCAUAUCCACUUUUUUCGGUCAAGUCAUUGCUCUGGAAUGACACCGUUGACGAUGUGUUUUUGGGGUAACCUGGGUGAAGAAUGGGGUGAUACAGCAGUGCUGUAUUGAAUUAUUGAAAUCUACCCCUUUGAAUGGUUCACUACUUUUAUGCUUCAAGUAUAUUAUUGUGCAGAUAAGACCACUGUAUGUCUCUGCUAACUGAUGGAAUAUUGACAACAUGGUAGCACUUUACAAUACGUGUCUCUAGACACUGUGCAUUUACAUAGUAGUUAGUAAAUACAUGUGUACUUACACAUAAUUACAAAGUUAUUAUGCAUAGUUACAAUGUACUUUAUGUGCAUAACUCUAACCCAAACUCUAAACCUAACCCUUUCUGAUACAGAUAUAUAAAGCUCUAUGCCUUAAUUACAUUGUAACUAUGCAUAAAAACAUUGUAAUUAUGUUUAAGUACACAGGUAACUACUUUGCAAAUACACAGUGUAUAGAGACACAAAGUAAAGUGCUAUUCAAAUAUCCAGGCUCUUCCCUACACGCUGUACCCAAAGACUAGGAGGAUCAAGCUUAUUUAUUACAGAACUGGGCUACUGUUUCUGGUUUAUUUUACUUUUAUUGUAUUUUCUAAGUGAAAACAUGAGCUGAGAGAUUUAAAAAAAAGAUACGGUCUUUAGAUGAAAAAUAAAGUAUUUGAAUGUAUUUAUGGGAGCAGUGUCUGUAUCUGGCAUAAGCGGUCUGUUUCCAGCCGUGUGGUAUUAAUAACAUGUGCCUAUAAGUGAUAGGAUUAAAGAAGUAAGCCACUGUGGACUCAGGUAACUCACAGUGCAGUCGCCUCCGCUCAGGGUAAGACAGCAGAUUCAUUAUCACUUAACCCCUCGCACUGUAACUAUCUGUGAAGUGUAAUUACCUGGGCAUGGCUUGGAACAUGGUGAACU